AUGGGAUUAUGCAAUGGAAAGACUAACUCUUCUAAAAUGAAUAAAUCAUAAAGUUAAAGUGAUGUAUAUAAACAACAACUAAUCUAGAAAAUUUAAAAUGCAGAUCCUUAGCAAUAAACAACUUCUGAUUCUCAAUUUCAAAGAAAUAAGAGAUAUGGACAUUUAUUAUAACCAAAUAGUGCCUAACAUAAAUUGACUAUGAUUUUAGAAAGUUAUUAAAUGUAAAAAGAAAAGCUUAUAUCAUCUCCUAUAAGCAUUAGAUCACAUUAAACUUUACUAAUAAGUAAACGAAAUGCUGAAUUGAAUAAAUUAUUGGAUAAUGAUUUCAUACCAUAAGAAGAAAUGAAUCAAGCAGAAAAAUGUUUUUAUAAAUAUUUUGUUAAUAAAUUUACUGGAAGAAUUUAUUAUACAAAUAAUUCAGACUAAGGUGAAGAAAACAAUCACUACAGUAAUAUUAAAAUAAAUAGAGCUGCACUUGUAAUUUUUGUUUUAAGCUUAGUGUCAUCCACAUAUUAUUGAGAUUUUAGAAAUAGAAAAUGAAGAAUCAUAAUAAAAGGAUAAAUUAUUCUUUGAAUAUUGUUCUUAAGAAAGUUUAUAAGAUUUUAUAGACAAAAAUUAAGAUUUUAAUUUGGAAUAAAUUUAAAUUAUUGCUUCUUAAAUUAUUUCUGUUGUUGGUCAUUUACAUUCCUAAAAAUUAUAUCAUAAUAAUUUAGAUAUGCAAUCAUUUCAUUUUUUUGUANUAUAUGUGUUUCUGAAAUUAGAUUGUUCUAUAAUUGAUACAAAUUAUAAUUAUCAAAUAUUUAAUAAAAUGAAUAAGGUUAUCUACUUUUAAUUAGAGUAUUAAUUAAAAUUAAAUAAUUUACAUUAUUUAUUAAAUUAUUUUGAAAUUAAAAAUAUAAUAUUUUGA